GGUGAAAAAAGCAAGUGACCUUCCAUCCAUGAGACCAUGGAGACCAUGACAGGGAGAGGGUCCAGGAGGGAGAUGGCUUGGUUGGCUGGCUAAUCAUGCCAACUUGCAAAGCUCAAAUCUUUUCUUUCUUCUUUUUUUACGACGACGGCCUUUCCCAGCGUUUUCCCUCCCACCCUUUAUAACCACCACCAUCACCUCUCCUCCCUCCAACUUCAACUCCAAGGGCGUCCCAAGUCCCAAGCCCAAGGCAAGCAACAAGCGGCCACUAGCAUCAAGAAGCAGCAGCAGCAGCAGACAAGAACUCACCAUCUGAAUUCUGAUCGAUCCAUCGUCCAUGACGACGGGGGAAGGGACGACAGAGGCGGCGGCGGUGCCGCGGGUGGUCUCCAUCCUGUCGGCGCUGCUGCAGCGGGUGGCGGAGCGCAACGACGCCGCCGCGGCGGAGCCGGAGGAGGGCGGCGCGGUGGUGGCGGCGGCGGCCGCCGCUGGCCGCCCGGUGUCGGCGUUCCAGGGGCUGACCAAGCCGGCCAUCUCCAUCGGCGGCUACCUGGAGCGCAUCUUCCGCUUCGCCAGCUGCAGCCCGUCCUGCUACGUCGUCGCCUACAUCUACCUCGACCGAUUCCUGCGCCGCCGCCCCGCGCUCGCCGUCGACUCCUUCAACGUCCACCGACUCCUCAUCACCUCCGUCCUCACCGCCGUCAAGUUCGUCGACGACAUAUGCUACAACAACGCCUACUUCGCGCGGGUGGGCGGCAUCAGCCUGGUGGAGAUGAACUACCUGGAGGUGGACUUCCUCUUCGGCAUCGCCUUCGACCUCAACGUCACGCCCGCCGCCUUCGCCUCCUACUGCGCCGUGCUCCAGAGCGAGAUGGCCUACCUGGACACGCCGCCCGCGCCCGUCGUCGAGGCGCCCCGGCUGCACCACCACUGCUACGCCGCCGCCGCCGCCGGCACGUCCGAUCACCACCACGACGACCCCGCCGCCGCCGCCGUGGUCGCAGGAGCGGCGCCCGGCUGCCACCGUCACAGUCAGACGCAGCUCACCGUCUGAUCGCUGUUUCUUCUUCUUUUUUGGUCCUGGGCGGCGCUGGUGGUGGCGUGGUGUCAAUUCGUCGUCGUCGUCUUCUCCCUUGGUGCUGCUGCUGCUGUUCUUGGUACAUAGGUGUUGGUCGUCCCUAGUGAGGUGAGGUGAUCGAGCUCGUGGUGUGUAGUUGGUUAGGUGGAUUAUUGCAUCGUGGUGGUGGAUGGGGUCAGGAUUCUCGGGAUUUUUGCCAUUGUUCGACGGAUCAUGCAUGGAUCAUCAAUGAGAAAUGGAUGGAUCGGCUCGGGAUUCGGUUCCGCGAUUGUUA